CUAAGCCAACUAGCUAGCUAGCUAGAAGAUACCGACCCUACCGUGCUUGUUUACGACGUGCACUGGGUCGGAACGCAAUCAUGGUUACAUUACAUUAAGACACCGUGGAUCCGACGCGGACGUCAAUGCAGGGAUGGGAAAUGCCACUGUAUUCCAAAUGUUAUCUUUAUCCACACUGCUCAAUCGAGAAGAUUGAAAUACUGCAAGCCACUAUGUGAACAGAAUAAGCAGUUAUUUUUUUGAUAAAGCUGUCCAUUUGCCUAGCCUGGUCGCCUGCAAAAUGUCCCCGCUAAAUUUACAGUUCAUCUUGUUUCAGUCGCGCUGCACCUCGAUAUCCAGCCAGAUGUUACGAAAAUAUGCUCGGAGCGAGUAAAAAAAAUUAAAGACAACCGUGAACACAAAUGACAACAGUAAUUUAGGGGACCCGUGACGCCGAGGCUAGUGGGUUGGAGCACGCCAGGCAUGAGUGGUGCACACCUAGGCGAGUGGCAGCGGAGGUCCUUUGACAUUUCAUCUGGCACCUGCGCACCUGAGCAGACGGCAGACGCCUAUCGGGCGCACAUCCUCGCCAUUCAAUAUGCAUGGGCGAGCUCCCAGCUCUCUCAGGCCGGCACGGCCAGCCUGCUCAGGACUUACUCUGAACGCUAUGCCGCAGUGCUGGACUCGGACGACCCUCGCACGGGGCUUAACAACUAUGCAGAGAGCGCACUGCACCUGGCCCGCAGUCAGAGGAACCACAGCGACAAAUGGGAGUCGUCCCUGACGACUGUGAAUGUCCUGGAGCUGCCGUGCGUGCAGAAGAUGAUUCAGGCUGGGACAGGGGGUGGAAAGUCCCUGGUGGCACCUGCAGAUGUUAACGUCACUGUUGGACAAGAGAGCAGAGGCAGCUCCCUGCCUGUUGUUUCCUCCACUGGACUCAGAGCUGCAGAGCCUCCAUUCAAACCCCUGGGACCCACAUCAUGGCCCAAGGCUGCGGGCAACAGCACUUUCAGCAAUUUACAGAGUAUUACUGCAGAGAGACCAAGAGGCCCUGAGGGAUUCCCCAGCCACCACAAUUCCUCUGCUGGCCCCUCAGGAAGUGCUCAGUCUCUGUUUGGCCAGCACGCCUCAGCUCCACCACAUCCAAACCCAGGCCCUGAAGCGAACCAAUCUGUCUUCUUCAACUCUAACCCCUCCAAAAGGAAGACAUUCUAUAACUCCUGUGGAGAGAGUGGCAGAGGGGGGGCAUCUAGAGGGCAAGACUCACGUGGUGGUGGCACUAACUUCAAAAGUGCAAGGGAGCAGUUUAUUGUUGAUCAGCAGAAAAAGCACUCCAACCAGCCCCAGAGAGCUCAGCAGCCCCCUGGGAUGGUGGUUGCCAUGGGAAAUUCCACUAAGAAGUCACUGGGGGCCAACAGGUCACGGGGGACAUUUUCCAAAUUUGUGUCCCCAAUGCCAAGGCAAGAGGACAAGGAGGGUGGGGUCGGUAGCAACAAUGCCCAGGAGACUCAGCCAGUAGACGAGCGUCUGAAAAACUUUGAGCCAAAGAUGAUCGAGUUGAUCAUGAGUGAAAUUAUGGACCACGGGCCGCCCGUAGCCUGGGAUGACAUUGCUGGCCUGGAGUUUGCCAAAGCCACCAUCAAGGAGAUUGUUGUGUGGCCUAUGCUCCGGCCUGACAUCUUCACUGGCCUCCGUGGUCCACCCAAAGGCAUCCUCCUAUUUGGGCCCCCGGGGACAGGAAAAACUCUGAUUGGGAAGUGCAUUGCUUGCCAGUCAGGCGCCACCUUCUUCAGCAUCAGCGCCUCAUCUCUCACCUCAAAGUGGGUGGGGGAGGGAGAGAAAAUGGUGAGAGCACUCUUCGCCAUUGCCCGCUGCCACCAGCCAGCAGUCAUCUUCAUCGACGAGAUAGACUCUCUGCUGUCCCAGCGUACGGACGGGGAGCACGAGUCAUCCCGGCGGAUAAAGACUGAGUUCCUGGUUCAGUUGGAUGGGGCGGCCACCUCAGCCGACGACCGCAUCCUGGUGGUGGGUGCCACCAACCGCCCUCAGGAGAUAGACGAGGCGGCUCGGCGCCGCCUUUCCAAACGCCUCUACAUCCCCCUUCCCGAGGCAGCCGCAAGACGGCAGAUAGUCUCUAACCUCAUGGCCUGCGAGAAAAGCCAGCUGGAAGAGGAAGAGCUGGAGAACGUGGUCACCGGGACGGAGGGCUUUUCCGGGGCCGAUAUGACAGGACUGUGCCGGGAGGCAGCGCUGGGCCCCAUCCGGAGCAUCCAGCUCAGUGACAUUGCCACCAUCACCCCCGACCAGGUGCGGCCCAUCCUCCACUGUGACUUCCAGGAGGCCCUGAGGAUCGUGAGGCCCAGCGUCUCAGCCAAAGACCUGGAGCUCUAUGAGGAGUGGAACAAUACCUUUGGUUGUGGUCGUUGAUCAGGGAAGCAGUAUGGACUCACAUUACACAUAUUAGCCUAUAUUUGCCAUUUACUGCUGUUGGGGAUAUGUUUAGUUUAUGUUGAGUAAAUAAAAUUGCAUUUUAGAUUUCCUGCAACAGACUCCACCAUAAAAUGAGACUAUUUUAAUAAUCUGUCUCAAUGUUAACUUGAUUUUUCAUUUACUAAUCCAUGGCACAAUGUUUAUUUCCAAAUAUAGGCUAUUUGUUUUUCUACACUGUUAAUUCACUAAAUAAGAUGUUGGUGUAAGUAAUAUGUUCCUAAUAAAUUUUCUAAUUUACAGUUUACAUUCAUUCGACCGUGAUCUGGCAAAGUUACUCCACCUCAAAAAUUCCAUUUGGCGAAAGCAGACCUGCCAACACGCACGCAUUUUGCGUACCAACUACGCAAUUCUCUGUACAUGUAUGCAGGUACGAGAUCCGAGUUAAAAGUACGCAGAAAUGAAUAGGGCCUGAUUUAUUUAUUUUUGUCAUUUUAUUUACAUUUUAAUUUU